CAUAGCGAACAUACGUCCACGGUGGUUGAAGAUGGCAAUCCGCUAGAAAAAGUGCAUACAGCCAUUUCGGAAAUACUGAUUCUGUCUGUAGCAGCUAUCAUCCACUGAAUUACGUGAUCUGGUUACAGAAUACAGACGCAACAAUGUAUUUCACAGAAACUGUGGCACUACUCUCCCUUGCUAUGGUUGUCGUCAUGUCCGAUGAAUUUCAUCAGAGAUGCACUGUUAACUUUUGCGGGAAUUUCAGCUACUACGAUAUUCCAAAAUUAUACGGAGGACUUUUUAAGACAAAAGAACAAAUAGGAUGGGAAGAAUCGAAAUGGACAGAUGACCAUCAAAGAAAGUAUGGCAACCACUUAUUGUCCUUUUUUGACACGAUACUUGGCACUUCGUACGACUCAACAUACAACACGUUAUACGACAGCGCACAUGAUAUUUCAGGCGACAACUCCAAUCCGGGGAACCACGAUUUUGACCAGUGUUGCCCGACUACACGGUCGUACGUCAAUUACACGACUUUGACGAACAUUAACGGAAUUACACGAGUCAUAGUCCACCUCGACCAGCUGUUUCCGCCCCAGUACCAGUGGAUCCCAUUUGCUCAGUGUUCCUCAGCGCCACACUUCUGUUUCGGAACUUGUAGAAUGGAAAAAAUCACAUUGUUCCUACUUGUGUCUGACUUCAGUCAAUGGCCACCGUUCGCAUUCGACAGGUUCUCCGUUCCAGGAUACUGCUCCUGCAAGAGUUCCUAGCACGCAAAAUAUAUUAUCCAUUUCAAGGAUACUGAUAUUUUUUCAGAAAAAUUAUCUGGUCAACAAUUUUAAAUAGAGAAUAAUACAUGAGUGGCCGUUAGAUACCAUUUAUCUCACAACGAGUUGUUUU